CCUUGCCUCUCCGCUACCCAAACCCAAAACACAUCAAGCCUCUUCUUAAAAACAGCCUCACCUUACAUAUAUUCUCCCCACAACAUCUCUCUGUCGUCUCUUUCUAAUCAAAUAUGGACUCCCAGAACGUUAAACAGCGUACAAGAGACACAGUCGACGAACCCAACACCAUCGUGGGCAAAAACAACAGCAAGAAUGUGAGAUUCAGGCGUGAAAAAAGAGUGGCCAUGGCCCAACGCGGUAUUAGAUCAUUAGCCAUAGCUGUUGCGCUCCCUCUUUCCUUGGCUCUCUGUAACGUGUAUUUCUUUGGCUCAACUAAAGGCUACGGUACUAGUAGUAGCAGGAGUAUAUCAAAGCCCUUCUGGUUCCCACCUUUGUGGGCGCUACACAUGACCUGCGUGACUUCGAGUUUCUUGAUGGGUCUCUCGGCUUGGCUUGUUUGGGCUGAAGGCGGAUUCCAUCGGAACCCGACUGCCCUCUAUCUUUACUUGACUCAGCUCGGCUUGAGUUUGGCUUGGGACCCGAUUGUGUUUCGGAUGUCAGCGCCGUGGGUGGGGUUACUUGUUUGUUUAGCUACGUUUGGGGCUCUUGUUGGGUGUUCUCGACAGUUCAAAGAGGUGAAUCCCAUUGCAGGCAAUCUGGUUAUGCCCUGUUUGGCAUGGGCUUCGUUUUUAGCCUUUGUAAAUCUUAAGCUCCUUUUUCUUUGAAGAGUUAACAGGACACCAGUGCUCCUAUGUAUUUGUAGUUUAGCACCAUGGAACUUGAUCCUUUGUUAGCAAUCGUCGUCCUUUUCAUUUUAUGCUGGGUGUGUACUUGAUCCUGCAUUAUAUUAGUAUAAAAUUCUCAAUUCUAUUA